GCCGCUGCCGCUUCAGUCGAUCAUUGAACGGACAUCUGCAUGGUUGUAUUUUCGAUGUUGUUAGCAUACUUAGCAUAGUUCGGUUUCGUGUAUCCUCCGCGGCGUUAUCGUUCCGAAGCAUUUUUCGGGAAGUUUGGUGCUGCAGCCAGGCUAGAAGUCAGCCAAGGGCAAAUAAAGCAUUGUUUUGGGGUGAAAAAAAAAACUGAAGACCACCUUCCGGUGUGGAGCUUCUCCGGUGUUUAGUGAUUUAGCUGGGGUGUCAAAUUGAAGGGAACAUAGUUGGAUUCUAUAAAGUGCGUACUGCUCCAGAGUUCUGUCUGGUCGAGGUGUUGAAGUUCCAGUGAGCUAGUGUGUGUCUGUGUAUGCGGGUGUACGAAUUUUAUGCAAAUUUGUUCUUUGCGAGGGAAAAAGGGUGACUCAAGUGUGGUGCUCUCUCUGGGGUCAGCGCAGUUUUUUGUGUAUCGGUCGACUGAUAGAAAGCGUAGGUGGGCACGCUGCAUACGGAACGAGGGUUUUUUUUGCAUCGGAUUCUCGAAGCAGUAGCGGACGGACGAUUCGCGUUUUGCUCGUGGGCUGCAGUUAAUAUUGACAAUAUUCAGGCAACAUGUUUUCCGCAUCAUCGGACAAUGACGACUCGGCGUCACAAUCCCUGCCGGACGAACAGUCAAGUUCUUCCUCCUCGGGGGACGGCAUGAGUGGUGUGAGUGCAGAAAAUAAUGGAGUAGCGUUGAUAGCAACGGGAUACUAUCCUGGCUCCGGAUGCCGGAACAGUAGCAGCAGUAGUAGUUGUAGCAGUAGCAGUGGCCACUCAGUGAUUAAUUACGUCGGUAAAGUUCAGAAGCAGCCAUCUCACAGAUCCGUGGUCCGGCACCGAACCCCGUAUGAGCGCAAGACCCCUUCGAGGACCAGUGGCGUUGAAACGGUAGAUGAAUCGACGAAUUCAUCAACGUCAUCUUUCCUGGCGGAAUAUCCCUGCCGUUCGGCUAUCGAAGAUUGUGAUGACAAUGCUCGUGGCGCCAUGACUCCAGGCGAUGGCUCCGAGGGACGAUUCCAAAGGGAGUUAGAACCGGAACGUCUGCCAGCUGCGGAAGUUCGAGCUAGGAUCCGUAGAUCCCCAAGCGUUUCUUCCAGUGGCUGUUCGAGUUCGAUGGAGGAUAGGAAUUGCGACUUCUCUCCGUUGGGAGACGCCAAUAGUUGUCGGUGCUCAUCGCUCAGUAUAUCGGACUUCGACGAUGACGGAUUUCGCGAGGACGCUACCGUAUCUUCCCUAUACUCAGUAUUUUCUGGUCAUUCGCGCACCCACCAAGUCCUCCAACAACAGAAUCCUCAUAGGAAUCCAAACAAUACCAAAGGGCUGUUCGAUAUCGCUCUGAAAACGGUCAAGCUAAUACGGCGCAACCAGGAGCUGCAAAAACGGCUGGCCCAACUGCAGCAGGAAACGAAGGCGUUCAUCGAAUCCGUGAUGGCCAAUCCGGAGAACGAAUCGCUCAGGAGCCAUUAUCAAACAUCUGCCAACGUUACGUCAUCAGUAAUCGUUCAAAAAUGAGCCAGCACACCUAGCCAUGUCCCAGACAGAGACCACUUCUAACGCCAGUGUUCCCAGUUAGUGAUCUCAGCCAUUGCUCGUUUUCUGAAAUAUUCGUAGUGCGUAGAAGCCAUUUACCUGAACCACCCUCUAGGGGUUUCGGUUUGCAUGUCUAGUGAAGUCUGAAUAAUUUAUUUUGUCUGCAAAACUAAAACGCAUCAAUACUGCUUAAGACAGUAUCAUUUGAUUGUUCACAAAUGUCUAGUAUUUGUAGGGCCUCUUUUUAACGCAAUAGUUUGUAGGUCUACAUAAUCGUUCGUUAUUUUCCGGAAGACCGCCGACGGAAACGUUCAAAAUACUAACUACUCUCAUCACAGUCGCUGAUGUUAAUUUUAACAUAAUAACUAACUGUUCUAAGAACAAACAAAAAUCACAAUCAUAAACGGAUUAGAAAUCAUUCGAGUCGCAUAAGAUCAAAAUCCAAAUAGAAGCGCCGACAAGUAAAAAACCAACAAAAAGUCGUUGGCGUUAAAAAAUUCUUGAUAAGCAAUCAUUACCGAAAAGUGAACGUAUUCUUCAUAUUAUGCAUUUAUUAUAGUAUACACUUAGUGUUGUACGGAACAAUCUUAGCAGUGAUAAUCUGAAAAAAAAGCUAACUACUAGCAGCAGUUUUUACAAAUUUUAUUUGCUGGUUCAAACCACUCUGUAGCGAGAGUAGUAGAUAUAUUACAAUGCUUCAGGAUUAGUUAAGUAUCAUAUGAUGAAACAUGCUACUAUCUUAUUGAAUGGAAAAAAACGGAAUAAGUUUGGCAUACAGUUCAAUAAAAUAUUAGAAAUCUUAAA